CGGCGGCGGGCGGCGGCGGUGCCGGCGGCGCUCGGUCCGCGGAGCCGCGAUGAGCCCGGGCGGGACCCGCGCCCGCACCCGCACCCGCGCCCCGCACCGGCACCGCCGUUCCGGCAUGGGGCUGCGCCCGCAAUAGGAGCCGAGUCCCCCCGGGGCGCCAUCCGCCACCUCCCCUCCCCCUUCCGAGGAGGAUGGCGGCGGCGGCCGCCCCGACCCAGCUGGAAGCCGAGCUCUACUACUUGAUCGCACGGUUCCUGCAGUCAGGACCCUGCAAGAAAUCCGCCCAGGUACUCGUGGAAGAGCUGGAGGAGCACCAGCUGAUUCCGCGGCGCCUGGACUGGCAGGGCAAGGAGCACCGCCGGAGCUUCGAGGACCUGGUGGCUGUCAAUGCACACAUCCCUCCAGAUUAUCUUCUUAGGAUCUGUGAGAGACUUGGACCCCUCUUAGACAAGGAAAUCCCCCAGAGUGUCCUGGGGGUGCAGACUUUGCUGGGUGUUGGGCGCCAGUCUCUCCUGAGGGCAGCAAAAGACUUCAGACACACACUAUGGAAAGGGUCUGCAUUUGCAGCUCUGCACAGGGGCCGACCCCCCGAACUCCCAGUGAACUAUGGGAAACCACCAAACGUGGUUCAUAUCCUUUCUGCCAGGCAAUUAACUGGAUGUGGCCGUUUCAGCCACUUGUUCCCAACAUCCACCUACCAACACAUGAAGAUGCACAAGAGGAUUUUGGGGCACCUCUCCUCUGUUUAUUGCAUAGCCUUUGAUCGCAGUGGGAGGAGAAUUUUUACAGGCUCAGAUGACUGUUUGGUAAAGAUCUGGGCCACGGAUGAUGGGCGCCUGCUAUCCACCCUGCGGGGCCACUCGGCCGAGAUCUCAGACAUGGCCGUCAACUACGAGAACACGCUGCUGGCCGCGGGCAGCUGUGACAAGGUGGUCAGGGUGUGGUGCCUCCGGACCUGUGCCCCCCUCGCAGUCUUGCAGGGCCACUCAGCUUCCAUCACUUCCAUACAGUUCUCUCCAGCAAGGAAAGGAACAACUCGAUACCUCACUUCCACUGGUGCCGACGGAACAAUCUGUUUCUGGCAGUGGCAUGCAAACACCAUGAAAUUCAAGGAUCAUCCUGUGAAGUUUGCAGAGAGGUCCAGGCCUGGUGUUCAGAUCUCCUGCUCAUCUUUCAGUUCUGGUGGCAUGUUCAUUGCAACAGGGAGUACUGACCACGUGAUAAGAAUUUAUUAUUUGGGCUCAGAAUCUCCAGAGAAAAUGGCCGAGCUGGAAUCUCACACGGACAAAGUGGUUGCAGUGCAGUUCUGUAACAACGGUGACAGCUUAAGGUUUGUCAGUGGAAGUAGAGAUGGAACAGCAAGAAUCUGGCACUACCAUCAGCAUGACUGGAAGAGUCUGGUCCUGGAUAUGUCUACAAAAAUGACUGGAAACAAUGUGGCAUCUGGAGAAGACAGGGUCACCAAGCUGAAGGUUACCAUGGUGGCUUGGGAUCGAUACGAUGCCACUGUCAUCACUGCAGUCAACAAUUUCCUCCUCAAAGUGUGGAACUCAUCCACAGGGCAGCUUCUCCAUAGCUUAUCUGGUCACAACGAUGAAGUUUUUGUUCUGGAGGCUCAUCCCUUUGACCAAAGGAUUGUGCUUUCAGCGGGACACGAUGGGAAUAUUUUUGUUUGGGAUACAGACAAAGGAACAAAAAUUCGCAAUUACUUUAACAUGAUUGAGGGCCAAGGCCAUGGAGCUGUUUUUGAUUGCAAGUUCUCACCAGAUGGGCAGCAUUUUGCCUGCACAGACUCUCAUGGACAUCUGCUACUAUUUGGUUUUGGAUGCAAUAAAUAUUAUGAAAAGAUUCCUGAUCAGAUGUUCUUCCACACGGAUUACCGGCCCCUGAUCCGGGAUGCCAAUAAUUAUGUGCUGGAUGAACAGACUCAACAGGCUCCACACCUUAUGCCUCCUCCAUUCCUGGUGGAUGUUGAUGGAAAUCCUCAUCCCCCGAGAUUCCAGCGGCUGGUGCCAGGGAGGGAAAAUUGCAAGGAUGAACAACUUAUUCCUCAGCUGGGAUAUGUGGCUAAUGGUGAUGGUGAGGUGGUCGAACAAGUCAUCGGGCAGCAAACCAAUGACCAGGAUGAGAGUAUCCUUGAUGGAAUGAUCAGAGAGCUCCAGAGGGAACAAGAUCUGAGACUAAUUAAUGAAGGAGAAACUCUUCCAAACCCUCCACUCAACAGAUCCCACUCUGUUAAUGGAGCUCUUCGCAGCCCGGGCUUGGACGUGGCCUCCCCGCCCAACGUGGGGCUGCGCCGGAGCGGGCAGAUCGAGGGCGUGCGGCAGAUGCACCACAACGCGCCCCGCAGCCAGAUGGCCACCGAGAGGGACCUCAUGGCCUGGAGCAGGAGGGUGGUGGUCAACGAGCUCCCUCCAGGCAUCAGCAAGGUCCAGGAAGAAUGUCGAUCUGCCAAAGGUGAAAUAGAAGUCAGUUUAUACACUGCUGACAAGAAGAGAAAGCCAUCCCACACCUUACAACGGAGCGAAUUCCAGGCGGGAGGCGGCCGCUCACUGCGCAGGAACCAGCGGAAGCGGCAGCACGCAUACCAGACCCGCUCCACCAUCGAGCACAUCCAGCAGGGAGCCAGCCAGAACCCCUGUGCACGCCACAAGUCCAACAGCUCCUCUGAGGAAGAUGAGACUGUUGGCACAAGUGAUGCAUCCAUGGAUGAUCCUGUGGCAGCUUGGCAGAGUGAAAGCAGUUCCAGUGAUUCAUCAAGUGAAUAUUCAGACUGGACAGCAGAUGCUGGGAUUAAUCUUCAGCCUCCAAAGAGACAAACCAGGCAGGCAGCUCAGGAAAUCUGUAGUAGUUCUGAAGAUGAAAAUAUGAAGGGAACAAAAGGGCUGGAGCCAAAGCGAAGGAAACUUAAACAGCCAAGGAAAAAGAAAGCCAGUGGGCUGCUGUCCCUCGAAGGGGAGCCCAGUGAGGAGUGGCUGGCCCCACAGUGGAUCCUGGACACCAUUCCCCGCCGCUCGCCCUUCGUGCCCCAGAUGGGAGAUGAGAUCAUCUACUUUAGGCAAGGCCAUGAAGCUUAUGUGAGGGCAGUCAGGAAAGCCAAAAUUUACAGUAUUAACAAGCAAAAACAACCAUGGAACAAAAUGGAACUCAGGGAACAAGAAUUUGUGAAGACUGUAGGAAUUAAAUAUGAAGUUGGGCCUCCCACACUCUGCUGCUUGAAGCUUGCAUUCCUGGAUCCAGUCACAGGCAAAAUGACAGGAGAAUCCUUUUCCAUAAAGUACCACGAUAUGCCAGAUGUUAUUGAUUUCCUUGUGCUGCAUCAGUUUUAUAAUGAAGCCAAAGAAAGGAACUGGCAAAUAGGGGAUAGAUUUCGCAGUAUCAUUGAUGAUGCCUGGUGGUUUGGGACUGUGGAGAGUCAGCAGCCUUUCCAGGAAGAAUAUCCUGAUAGUUCCUUCCAGUGCUACAGUGUUCACUGGGACAACAAUGAAAGAGAGAGGAUGAGUCCAUGGGACAUGGAACCGAUCCCAGAAGGAACUGUGUAUCCAGAGGAGGUCGGUGCUGGAGUUCCUGUGACCCCAGAGGAGCUGACAGCUCUUCUCUACAAACCCCAGGAAGGAGAAUGGGGGGCCCAUUCCAGAGAUGAGGAAUGUGAACGAGUAAUCCGAGGGAUUGAGCAGCUUCUUUCCCUUGACAUUUCUAAUCCCUUUGCUGUUCCAGUGGACCUUAGUGCUUAUCCCAUGUAUUGCACUGUCGUUGCUUAUCCAACUGACCUCACCUCCAUCAGGAGGAGGCUUGAAAACAGGUUUUAUAGGAGAAUCUCUGCCCUGAUGUGGGAGGUAAGAUACAUUGAACACAAUGCCAGGACUUUCAACGAGCCAGACAGCCCCAUAGUCAAAGCAGCCAAAAUUGUGACAGAUGUCCUGCUCCGCUUCAUUGGAGAUCAGAGCUGUACUGAUAUAUUAGAAAUCUACAACAAGGUGAAAGCAGAAGACCUGAGCAGUACUGAUGAGGAAGAGGAGGUGGCAGAAGUAGAUGUGGAUUCAGACGCUCCAGGCACUUCCUCUGGGAAAAGACAAGUGAGACGAAGAGUGAAGAGGCAGCCUAUGAAAGCCAGUGCUGAUGCUUGGAAAGAGCAGUGCCAGCAGCUCUUAAACCUGAUUUAUGAACGAGAGGACUCAGAGCCUUUCAGGCAGCCUGUUGAUCUCUUCUCUUACCCUGAUUAUCAAGAUAUUGUAGACACUCCCAUGGACUUCAGCACUGUGAAAGAAACCUUGGAAGCAGGAAACUACACCAGUCCCUUGGAAUUCUACAAAGAUAUUCAUUUAAUAUUCUGCAACUCUAAGGCUUACACUCCUAAUAAAAAGUCUCGUAUUUACAGCAUGACCCUUCGACUCUCUGCCUUAUUUGAAAAUCACAUGAAAAGCAUCAUCUCUGAUUACAAGUCAGCAAUGCAAUGUCAGAAGAGGAAAAGGCCUCGGUACCGAAAACGGCUGAGGAGCAGCAGCGGCUCCCCCUCAACCAGCAGAGCAUCCAGCCCAAAAGGGAAACAGAAGCAAAUGAAGAUUCAACCUAAACCAAACCAAAAUACCUCACUGCCCCUGACCAGGACUAACUCUUCAGUCUCAUCUCAUGUUUCAGAUACAGCAGAAGAACCUCUGGGUUCAGCCACUGGUGAAGAGCUGGAGGGUCAACCAUCUUCGUCAGGCUCAAAUGCACAGAGCCGGAGUGGAAAUGACAUAGAUCCAGGGAAAAGUAGACCAGUCAGGAGCGAAUCUACACCAGUGAAACAAGAUCACUCUCCUGAUGGGCCACUCACCAAUGGGGAUGGCAGAGAACCCCGGGCAGGAGUCAAGAGGAAGCUGCUGAGCACCUCAGAAGAGGAAAAGCACCUGGAGGAGGCAGAGGAGGAGGAAAAGAAGAGAGAAUUAAAGGAAAAGUCUGGUUUGUCUUCAUCAGAAAGUGGGGAAUCAGGAUCCAGCUCCAGCUCUGAAAGCAGAAGUGGCUCUGAUUCCGACUCGGAAUCAACCUCCAGAACAGACCAGGAUUACAUCGAUGGUGACCACGACUACAGCAAAGUUGUGCAAUCCAAAAAACCCAAACGGAAAAUCAAACGGAAACUUACUGGGGGCAAACGGAAUUGGCAGGGCCGAGGGACAGGGAGGAGGGGCAGGUGGGGCAGGUGGGGCAGGUGGAGCAGAGGGGGAAGAGGGGGCAGAGGUGGAAGAGGCUGCAGCAGAGGAAGAGGCAGUGGCCAGGGAGGAAGGAGAGGCCGAGGGGCCUCACGAGGAGCCACCAGAGCAAAACGCGCCCGGCUCGCCGAUGAUGAGUUUGAAAACCUCUUUGGAGGACAGUUUGGAGAGAAUGUGUUUGGAGGGAGAUUCAGCCGACCCCCUCAGAUCAAAACCAGGAAUGAGGGCAGGAGAACUGUCCUGUACAAUGAUGACUCCGACAAUGACAAUUUUUUGCACACCGAGGAUCCUUUGAACCUUGGUACUUCCAGGUCAGGCAGGGUGCGGAAAAUGACAGAAAAAGCCAGGGUCAGCCAUCUCAUGGGAUGGAAUUAUUGA